UCAGUUCAGUGGUAAUAAAUUGAUAAUAAAAAUCAAUGUUUUGCAUUAGGAUUUUUUAUUCAAUAUUAAAAAAUUAAAAUAUUAAAAAAGGAAUGAGGGAACCAUAAAGUACCAACGUUUAUCUUAAAUGUCCAAUACUAAAAAGUAUAAAGUGUAUACCUCCGAUUAUUUUUAUUUAAAAUCCAGUGCUUAACUACUAUAAAAAUAAUGCAGUAAAAAGGUCACUGAUGUGAGGGCAUAAUGUUAACUGCAAUUUCCAAACGGUCUCCUUCAAUAGUGAAAUAAAAACUGUGUUUUGGUUUGUAAUGAUAUAUAAGUGAGAAUGGAUUUCAGUUCUCUUAAUCCUACAACUUCUAAUGCGCUAAAUUUAGCAGCAAGGAACAAUGAUGUGGAAAAAGUUAAGAGACUUCUUAAGAAAAUCAACCCUAACUGCGUUGAUAAUAGAGGUUGGACUUGUUUGCAUGAGGCUGCCGCUGCCGAUAGCUAUGAAAGCCUGUUGAUUAUCUUAAAUCAUCCUGAUUGUCGGCACUUGGCUGAAGACCAUGAAGGGUGCACUGCACUACAAGUCGCUUGCAGUAACGGUGUAUCCAUAAGAACUAUAAAAGCACUCUUAGACCAUGCACCAGAUAUAGCAAACUAUGGAACCUAUGAAAAUGUAACACCAUUACAUAUUGCAAGUUGCCAAGGCAAUUUAGAUCUAGUACAAUUACUUGUAGACUAUGGUGCUAUGCUAGAUGUGCAGGAUUUUGAUGGGCACACAGCAUUACAUGGUGCUGUAUUAGCUAAACAACCUGAGGCUGUGAAAAUAUUAUUAUGUGCUGGAGCUGAUCCUGAAAUCCGCGAUGAAUCUGACUUCACAGCAUUUCAUUUUGCUUGCUACAAAGGUUGCUUAGAGUCUGUAAAGGCUUUGUUGCCAUAUGUAAAUAAUAUAAAUCAAGUAUCAGUGAAUGGGGAUAGUCCGUUAAUGCUAGCUGUUAUAGGUGUUUGUGAUGAUGUAGUGUCAUAUUUAAUAGAAGUGGGUGCUGAUAUACAUGUUAAAGAUGUUGAUGAUGAUAUGGCAUUGAAUAUAGCAUUAAAAAGUGGGCACAGCUCUAUAUUUAAAGAGCUUCUGUUUGCAACUGAUAGAGAUAAAAUAAACAAUGAUAUUAUACUUUAUGCUUGUAAGCCACAUUACUUAAAAGUUGAUAUUCUUGAAACUUUGCUAACAUUUGACUUGGGACCAAAGUUCUAUGACUUAGUGGAGCCUUUCCAUGUAGUAUUAGAGAAGAUUGGCAACAUAAGGCCCACCUACCUAACCAGCGCUCCGCUGAAUUCAUACUUAAAUAUAUGUGAAUAUAUUUUUCAAAUGUCACCGAAAAGGUUCGAAGAAUAUUUCUACAUAUUUCUCUCAAAUGGGGUUUCAGUCAAUGCAAUAAAUAUAAAUGAAUGCCCUCCACUUGUUUACAUACAUUAUUCAACACAUUCAAGUUGUUUUACAGAGGUUUUCAAUAUACUUUGUGGGCAUGGUUGCAAUGUGGAUUAUUGUACUACCAAUUUACCAUCAAGCAAAGAAUGGUGUAUUCCUGAUGCAUUUGUAGCAUCGCUCACAUCAAAUCCAAGUACAAUACCAGUAAUGUUGCCAUACAGUUUGGCCUGUGAUCCAGAUAUUCUCUUAAAAUUUGCCUAUAAAAAUAAUAUACUGCCAAGAAUACCAAUACAGGUUCAAGAGUAUUUACUAGUCUUAAUAGGUGUGGAUUUGGAUAAAACUACAGCUGAAACAUUAUCAUGUACAGUGUUGCCGUUGAAGCAUUUAUCCAGAGUAAAGAUUAGAGAAACAUUAAGAAAUCAAUUAGGUAACAAAUUAUCAAGUCAAUGUUACCUUGAAGUUCUAAACACAUUAAGAGUACCACAGAUUAUUAAAGAAUAUUUACGCUACAAAUAAUUUUAAAAUGAUAAUUACGUUUUUGUUAUUAAUUUAUUUAAGAAAGUGUGAUAAAAUGUG